AUGACGACUCAAUUUGAAGGGAUAUUCCAUGGGCUCACAGCGCAGGAUGGCAAGUUCCGUGUAGCUGCUGCUGGUAUGGCAUGGAAGGCGGACGGAAAGGAGAGCACUACGACAAUGAUGAAGGCGGAGGACAUCAAGUGGGCCCAGUGGCUACGAGUCGCGCGGAAUUUCCAGCUCAGGAUAGGACUGAAGGACAGGAGAAGGGAAACGUUCGAUGGUUUCGUACGCGAGGAUCAUGACCGGUUAGCUGCUCUUCUCAAGCAACAUUUCGGCGUGGUUCUCGAAACCAAGGAUGUAUCCUUCAAAGGAUGGAACUGGGGAGUUACCGACUUCCAAGGCGAAGAUCUCGCUUUUCUCGUCUCGAAUAAAACGUCUUUCGAGCUGCCCCUCAAUCAUGUAGCGAACUCUAACAUCGCCGGCCGCACGGAAGUGUCUCUCGAAUUCGCCAACCUCCCUACCCCGUCCAAAAAAGCCGACGAACUCGUGGAGAUUCGAUUUUAUGUACCCGGCACUCACACCAAAACCAGAGGCUCUGACGCUGGCUCGCAGCAAUCUGAGAAUGAAGAAGAGGACGGCGAAGAGAUCAGUGCUGCACAAGCGUUCCACGAUGCAAUCAAGGAGAAGGCCGAGAUCGGGCAGGUAGCGGGCGACAUCAUCCUCGGCUUCGAGGAGGUGCUUGUCCUGACUCCCAGAGGUCGGUAUGACGUGGACAUGUUCCCGGAAUUCCUGAGGCUGCGCGGGAAGACGUACGAUUACAAGAUCAUAUACACUACGAUCCAAAGGAUGUUCCUCCUACCAAAGGACGAUCAGCAUGUCCUAUUCAUCGUCAGCCAAACUCGUUAUCAAUACCUUGUCAUGCAGUUCAACCGCGAGGAAGAGAUCACCGCUGAGCUCAACCUGUCAGAAGAGGAAAUCGCUAAGUACGACCGGCUGAAGAAGAACUACGAAGAUCCUACAUUCGAAGUUGUCUCUGGUGUCUUCCGGGCGCUUUCUGGCAAGAAGAUCAUUGGUGUUGGCACUUUCCAAAGCCGACAUGGCCACCCUGGAAUUAAAUGCAACUUGAAGGCCAUACAGGGGGAUCUUUUCAUGCUCGAAAAAUAUGUUUUCUUCGUGUCCAAGUCACCCAUGCUCAUUGAGAUAUCCGAUAUCCAUCAAGUCGUGUUCUCCCGUGUGGGCUCUGGCAUGGGCGCUACCGCCGCUCGUACCUUCGACCUCAAGAUCGUAACCAAAUCUGGGCCGGAAUACACCUUCACGGCGAUCAACAAAGACGAACAUGAGCCGACGGAGGCAUUCCUGAAGGACAAGAAGGUCCGGGUUAAGAACGAGAUGAUGCAAGAUGUAGAUAUGCUGCUUGGGCCUCCGGGGGUAGAUGAUGAGGAUGAGGAAAUGCAAAGCGUGGCGAGUAGCGAUGAGGAGGCGCCAAAGCCGCGCUUGGGUGGGGAUGACGACGAUAGCGAGGAAGACGAAGAUUUCCAGGCAUCGGAUACCGACGCGGGAUCUCCGACAGACACAUCCGAUGAUUCGGAUGGUGCCAAGACUGCAUCCGACGCAAGUGGAGAUCUGGACAUGGCUAAGGCUCAAAAGCCGAAGAAGAAGAAACUCGUCAAGAAAAAGGUGAAGUCUGAUGCAGCCACUAAAGAGAGCGAUGCGGAAGACGACGAAAGGCCGAAGAAAGCGGCGCCGAAGCCCAAACCCAAGCCGAAGAAGAAAGACACGGACGACCAGAACGCGAUGUAUGUCGAUGACGACGAGCCGAAACCCAAGUCGAAGGCAGCAGAUGAAGAAGGCCCAGCAAAGAAGAAAAUCAAAAAAUCGAACGAUUGA